ACUGUACCCACAAACCAAUUUCCUUAUGUAAGCGCAUCAGGGGUGGUUUAUACCCGACAGCCGACAUCACCCAAUUUACAGCAGGCAGGGUGCUCCCAGGGCUACCAUGCUUGGGCGCUUGAACACCGAACGAGAUCAUGCCAAUCACAUCCUCACUGCCAAAACACUAAGUAUUCGUUGGGGCCAGCAUUUCCUACAAGUCUUAUUGCGUACUACAUACAUAGUCGCUCAUAAUAAAGUUCACUUGCGUUUCGUUAUCAGAUAGGCGCCGUAUACUUAUACAGGGGAUGAGUGACAUUGUAACAAGCCAUCGUUCCCGUGUGUGAGAGCAAGAUGUCUCUGGUAGAAAAAGCGGCCUCUCUUAACGGUGUAUUCGACAGUAUACCCAUUGUAAAUAUAGGUCAUGCAUCAACGCCUGAGGAACGGGCUGCGUCUGCUCUGCAGAUAAGGGAUGCCUGCAUGAAUGUCGGAUUCUUCUACGUUAGAAAUCAUGGUAUACCAGAAGAGAUAAUCGACAGGGUCCUUUCGGCCUUGAAAGCUUACUUUUCUCUCCCAAUCGAGACGAAGAUGAAGCUCUACCACAGAGAAGGCGCAAAUUACAGAGGAUAUGCGCCUGUGUUAGACUCCAACAUCGACUCAGAGAACAAAGGCGAUCUGUUCGAAGGUUUCGUAAUCGGUUGGGAAGAACAGGUAUUCGAGGAAGAUGAUGACAAGGAAGCGGAUGCCAAUACCACGACUAUUCCGAACAUAUGGCCCUCGGAACCCGCCAGGUUCCGUGAAGCGUUUGUUAAUUACUACCACGCAGCUGUAGGUGUUAGAAACGUCCUAUUCCGCCUCUUUGCCCUUGCAUUGGAUCUCCCUGAAACAUACUUUGAUGACAAGAACGAGAAUCCCCCAACGAUGCGGGGCCACCAUUAUCCCCCUCAAACUGGUUGCGAAGACGAUUACGCCUUUGGUAUUAAUGCCCAUUCAGACUUCGAGUGUUUUACCAUCUUAUGGCAGGAGCCUGGAAUUCAAGCUCUUCAGGUGCUAAACUCGGACAAGCAGUGGAUAAAUGCACCGCCGAUCCCCGGAACGCUGGUUAUCAACAUCGGUGACCUGCUUGCACGAUGGACGAACGACGUGUUCAGGUCGACCGUACAUAGAGUGAUCAACAAGUCUGGGGUCCGUAGAUAUUCCGUUGCCAUGUUCGUUGGUAUCGAUCCCCGUGUCCGGGUCGAGCCCAUACCAAGUUGUAUAUCCUCCGAGAAACCACCCAAGUACGGGCCUAUUUUUGCAGGGGAGCACGUUCGGAAGCGCCUGAACGAAACGUAUCACCGAAAUGCCACCUUGGGGUGACUAGACAUCUAAGUGGUUUUAGACACAGUUAGCCGAACCACAUGCUCUCAGUCUUGUCGAGCAGGUUCCUGGAUGAUAGGUACCGAGAUGCUUUGUAAGGUGCCUCCACAAACUUGACCGAAGUUUAAAUUAGAAGUUGCAUCAG